AUGUCUUCAACCACCACCACCACCACCGUCGCCGCCACCAUGGACCGCCGUACCUACUGGUGUCAUGAAUGUGACAUGAGCAUCUCUCUCAUCCCCUCCUCCACCAGCACCACCGCCAACCUCCUCUGCCCUCACUGCAACUCCGACUUUCUUGAAGAGCUGGACUCCCCUAUUACUUUCAAUAACGCCACUAAUCCCAACUCCGAUAACCAUGACGAUUCCAAUCAAUUGUUAUUCCCUUCGUUUCUUGAUCCGUCCUCUCCGGCGGCGGAGUACGCUAAUUCUUUCCAGUUCUCGUCUGUUGCCCCUUCCGACGAUAAUUUUCUCCUCGACAGCCCUUACUUUCACCGUGUCAUUAAUCACCUGUUUAACUCCGAGGACUCCAAUCCUUCCACCACCGCUACCACCUCCCGCCAUCACUCCCCUGCGUCGAAAUCCGCCGUUGAAGCUAUUCCUUCGGUUAAGAUCACAGCUGCAUUCCUUGAAAUCGAUCCGGUUGUUAUCUGUGCCGUUUGUAAGGAUCAGUUCGUAGUUUAUGACGAGACGAAAGAGCUGCCUUGUAAGCAUAUGUACCAUCCGCACUGCAUACUUCCAUGGCUUUCACAGCAUAAUUCAUGUCCUGUUUGUCGGUUCCAGCUGCCUACGGAUGCGGUUGAUGGAGAUUCGAAAGUGAGGAGGAGGUCGAGGUCUAGGGUUUUGAGGUUGGGGGAUUUAAUCGACGAUGACGACGACGAAGAACUGUUAGGGUUUGGAUUGAGGCACCUUGCUCGUAGGCACCGGCUGGUAUUUCCAGUGAGACACCAUCAUUUCCGGCAACCGCAGAUGGAGGAGGUGCAGCCCGAGGAUUUCUUUUCUUCGACUCAAAUUGCGGAGGAGGUGGAGGUGGAUGCGCCGGCUGAUUCAGGGCGGACCAAUAGCUUAGAGACUGUGUCCAGUUGGCCAAACUGGGCUGUUGAUGGCGGAGCUGUUGAUGGGGAUGAAAUUACAAAGCUUCGUGUGAGUAAAUUUGAAGAUGAUGUAUAGUGGUUCUUAUACAGGGGUCCAAGGCACUUCAACAGCAUGAAAAUUUAACCAAGUGUAGAUUUGCUGUGGAUGGAUGCCUUUCUUUAAUGUUACUUUAUAGUAAACAUUUUUGCCUUUGGAUUCUGUAAUAAAAGAUUAAAGGGCCCUUAAUAGAUCAACUCUUUCUUUCUCUCUUUCUUUUUGUCCUUUUUUUUCUCAUUUUUAUUAUAAAA